AUGACUCAUUCAUGUUAUUUCUCCUUAGAAGAAAUACUCGUUAGUAGAUCCCUUUUGAAAGAAGGAAAAUUAACGAAACAAAACAAGUUAGAUGAUACAACACCAACCAGUCAAGAUAUACCAGUCGACGCACAGAUAAUAUCAUUGCCGGAAAGCAGUAGAAACCUAAGACGUGAAUCAAAGGACACAUUGAAUUCCGACACAACACGAAAAUGGUCAGAACAUGAUGCUUUUAGACAAAAUUCAUCGAAUGACGGAGACCGUAUCAAUGACAAACCAAUUGAUGACUCAGACGGUUCUGAAGCGAGGUCAAGUCUUACUGGUGAGAUGCAUAUUCACACUGUUACUAAACCUGGAGUUGUCAGAAAGCUGAAAAAUAUGUUCGGGGUUUCAAAACAAGUCAAAGAAGUCAAAGUGUCAAUCUCAAAAGAAAAGCUUUUAGAAAUGUCUUCUAAAGUUGGGAAAAAGCAGUUGCACAACAAACAGAUAGCACCAAUAAUUAUCUGGGAUUUUGGAGGCCAGGAUGUUUUCUAUUCAACUCAUCAGACAUUUCUGACAUACAGAGCUAUUUACUUGGUAGUAUUAGAUGGAAGUAGAAAACUAGAUGAUCCCUGUCUGUAUGAACAGUAUCUUCCAGGAAAGGGUCAACAUAAAACAGCAAGAGAUUAUCUACUAUUCUGGAUCAACACCAUUGUUACAUACUGCAAGGGAAGCAAUCAGGGAUUUCCUAAAAUUAUGGUGGUUUUAACGCACAAAGAUCAGGUUAAAGCUCAUGAUGUUGAAGAAAGACGACAUGAAAUAUUUGCAGAAAUCUACAAGAUGUUUCAACAAACCCCAUUAGAGCAGCAUUUGGUGAUUGAGGAUCAGAUAUUUGUCAACGCUAAAGAUAAAAAUGACACAGAGAUGGGGAAGAUAAAGGAAGUUAUCAUGAGUGAAUCAGAGAGACAACCAACAUGGGGUGAACUACUUCCAAAAUGCUUCAUCCCUUUAGAGUUAGAAUUUGCAUCGCUAAUAAGACGCAAAAUUACCUUGAUAACCCUAGAGCAUCUAAACAAAAUAAACGCAUUGCAGCCUAUAAGACCGUUGUCAAAAGAUGAGUUGAAGGUUUUUCUGAAAUUUCAACACUCAAUUGGCAAGUUACUGUACUUUGAUGAACCUAAAUUGGACGACCGUAUUAUUUUGUCUCCAACCCUUCUCAUUGAUGCCUUUAAAUCAAUUGUUACAGACAAACAAUUUUGCAAAGGAGACAGAAAAAGAGAAGAAAUGUGGGAUGCAAUGGGAACGAAAGGCGUGGUAUCAAAAUAUGCAAUAGACGACGUUUGGAAAAGAAAGAAAUAUGCAAAAUUCAACAAGGACAAAGAUUAUCUGUUAACUGUUAUGACCCAUCUGGACAUAUUGGUAGAACCAAAGAGAUACGAUACUAGCCGAAUGCGUAUACCUGCAGACUUUUACUAUGUUGCAAGUAUGGUACAAGGUAGUGAUGAUUCUGAAUACCUCCAUUCAGUCGACAUCACACAGCGAAAUAUCGCCAUAGCUUUUCAAUCGACAUCAUUGAUGAUACCCCCUGCAUUAUCCUUCCGAUUUAUAAGUUACUGCUUAUCUGUCUGGUCAGUGAAGAGAUACAGAGAGACUAAUAUGGAAAUGCUGUUCCACAGGUCAGGAGUAUUCACAAUUGAUCCUUCCUUGGAUAUGUAUAUACUUUGCGAAGAUGACAAGAUUUCUGUCCGUCUUGUUCAUGCCAGAACAAACGCACUCAUAAUGAGGGAUCUUGCUUCCAGUAUCAAUGAAUGUUUAACAUCUGCCUUGGAAAAAAUAAGUCAGCUGUAUAUAAGAACCAGCAGUGAUCAGAGUGACAACAGUGACGCAUCCUUUGUGACCAGGAUAUGUUGUAACUCACCAGAUAAACCAUGCAUCUUACCAUUCGAAAAUCUUGCAAAUGUCGACAAAAUCUGGAUAUGUCCUGCUCAUGGCAUUGAACACCCAUUACACACUAUCAACUCGUGGAUACCAGAAAAGGAGGAGGACGGAUGCGAGCCGGGGUGUCCAGUUACAAAUGAAGAAUUUUUGAAAGAGUUACCGACAGAUCUACACUUGCGUCGGUUGUCAGUACUGUAUAGCAGUAAUGCCGUCAGAGAACUGGCAAUACAUUUAGGAUUGUCGGUAACAGACGUAGAUAACACAGUUAAUACAGGGGAUCCAAAACUAUGGAACUUUGAAGUUUUUCGACAAUGCAGAGAUAGCCAUGCGGUGACAUUUGAAGAUAUCAAAAGAGCAAUAACAGCAGCUGGAAAGGGACACAUCCACACACUUUGCAAGCUUGUGAAAGGUGAUUUCAUUGGUUAUGACAGGGAGCCGGAGAAGUGGGAUGUAGUACCUACAGAGGAACACAUUGACAGACUGGUUCCAUUGGUUGGAAAUAAAUCUCUCCCAUUCCUGAUCGAACUUUGCAUGGAUUUCCAUACCUGGGAGCGGAUAAGCCACAAGCAAAAUGAACGAGAUUUGGUUAGACUGAACAAAGAUAUAUUAGAAGAAUGGAGUAACAAGUUUUGUCGGAUGCACAGUCUAAAACCAACUUUGAGGACCAUUGCUCAGUCAUUUAGUAACAUAGGCAAAAAUGUUAAAAUUGUGGAAAAUGCGUUACUAGAUUUGUUUUGACUCAUUUGAUUCUUCCACUGUUACAUCUGUAUGUUUUUGCUUUAGAGUGGAUAUUGAAUUAUUUGUAAAAUAACCAUAUUCAAUUUGAGAGAUUGAACUUAUAACAAUUCAGUUGAAGACACUUGCCAACAUUAUAUGUACAUAGUUUUAAUUUGACUUUUAUACUGAUAUAAUAACAUGAUGAACAUCGUGUAUUUUUACUGAAUUAUAGUUUUAUUGUAAGAUACUAGUUGGUUAUUGUUCUUGUUCAGGUCUUUUUCUAACAUGCUUUUUUUAACCGUUAAGCACACACUUUCCUGAAUUUGUGAUACAAGAAAGUUUGCUUUACAAAGAUGUGAUGCAAUUAAUACAAUACAUGUCAAUACAAUUAUGUAUGUGCGUUUAUUGAAAAAUCUAAAUAACAUACAUUAAAUACAUAUGUUUUGUUUUUCUAAAGUUGAUAAUGCACUGCUUUAUCCAUUAGUAGAUAUUUUUGUUUUAAAGUAUCCUUUAACAUUUAUUUAAAAUAGUUUAAAGCAUUUCGACUUACCUCAAAAUAGUACCAAUCUUUUGUAUGAUCUAUAGAAAAAAGUAUAAAUCGAAAAUCAAUGCAGAGUCAAAAUUAAAAAUUAGUGUGGAAAUAUUAAUUUAGUUAUAUAAUGAUUUCAUAGCCCAUGUAUCUGUCUUAAUUAUAAUCAUUCUAACAAAAAAUGACAGUAAUGCCUCCUAGCUGAUGUACAUUUUUGAGAUAUUUCGAUUUGAUUUUAUCCUGUUUACAUGUAUUUAUAGUGGUUUACAUAUUUUUGUAAAAUAGAAAAUACCAGAAGAAAUGUUUUGUACCCUCAUCACAUCAAGGCAUUUUCAUAUCAGAACAUUACGGAUUUAAACCUACAAUACAAUCGAACUUAAUAAUGAUUACUUGUUAUUUAACUACUAGUAAC